AUGGUCAACAAAAAGCAGCAAACUGAGAGCGACCUCGCGGACCGCAAUGCUUUUUGGGAAGUACUUCGAAGCAAGGAGUGCAAUGAUGCCCGACUCACGCAUCGACUAGAGUCCUCUUUGUCCGACCAUAAGCGGAGAUGUGUUAGACAGAUUGCAAAACACCAAGUCUUCUACCGUGCCUUUGUGAAUCUAUCUGGGAUUCCGGGCAUUCGAGCAGGUCUAGUUAUCGGCAACCUUCACAGGCUUAUCACUCUCAAAUGUGACGAGGAAGUCGUGAAUUAUCUCCAACACAUUUACGACACAUGGUUACGUCUUGCCGGGGGUGUCGUGUCCAAUCUAGGAAAGAUUGAUUCGUUUACUGUCCAAUCUCUAGAGCACCGGUGCCCCAGGUUCUCAGCACAGGAUGAAAGAGCGCUCCAGAACAUUGUUUUGGACGGCCUUGCCUUUAGGUGCUUCAAUCGAUCGGAACGACUUGCCAUCUGGGAAACCCUUUGCUCCUUCGACUUUACCAUUCCAUCGCUGUCUACAUUUUGCAGCGAUUUCAAGUACCUAGAGCUGUGUGCAAAACCGAUGAAGCGCUUGAUUUCCAUACCAUAUGAGGGUCAUACUGUACAGACCGCGUUUUCAAUGGCUUUCCAACAACCGGCAAAAGAACAAACCCAAUACCCAAUCGAGAACUCCGACAUGAACUUUUCCUACCGGCCUCUUGAAUCGAGAGCCUGUUUCCAGCUUGGAUUGCGGCAAUUGUGGCUUUUUGCGAUGAGAACUUUCCGAAAUCUGGAGAGUAACCCAACUUUUCUUCCCAAGUUCGCGAGUCUGGCAUCAACUUUGGGAUUUGACACGAGCAAGAUCCGUUCUCUAAAGUCUAUGUCUCCAGAUUUGGAGAUAGCACGGCAGGCAUUGUUGUUGGCUCGGCCACCACAAGACUACGAUUACGACGUUGUUGACUUGCAACCCGUAGUUAAAAAGAUUGCCAGCGAAUUUCCUGAUUUACAUCGCGUCGGUUCCGCUCAAAAAUCAUUUGAGUUUUUCACCGACGAUUACAAUCUGGGACAGAACUUCCGGCCAUGGUUGAAUCAGAUGUCGUAUGCGGACGCCACUGCAUGGCUGUUUAUCGACGUCAUCGAUAAGCUACCGGACACGAGGGGCGAAAGAAUUACCGACCUGUUUAUUCUCAGGUCUAUAUAUUUAGGUGGUGGAAUGAGGGCGAACAAAAGCCUGGUUCAAGCACGGAAACCCUUUCGAGAGGUAUCCGAUCUCCUGGCUCAUGACUCGAGACCUAGCUAG